AUACUCUUUACAGGACAAGGUGAGACGUUCAACUUUGGUGAGUUCUUGGAGACCACGUCGCCGUACCUCUGGGCGAAUUUGGGGAUUGCAUCGUGUAUUGGAUUCUCGGUUGUUGGUGCUGCCUGGGGUAUCUUUAUCACAGGUGCCUCCAUCAUCGGUGCUGGUGUCCGUGCCCCACGUAUCACAACGAAAAACCUGAUCAGCAUCAUCUUUUGUGAAGUUGUUGCCAUCUAUGGGCUGAUCACAGCCAUUGUGUUCUCCUCGAAGCUUACCAACGCCACUGCCGACACGUUAUAUUCGAAUUCAAACUUGUACACGGGUUAUUCCCUUUUCUGGGCUGGUUUAACCGUUGGCUUGAGUAAUAUGAUUUGCGGUAUCGCUGUUGGUAUCACAGGCGCUACAGCAGCAGUGUCAGACGCUGCUGACUCCUCACUCUUUGUCAAGAUCCUCGUUGUGGAGAUCUUUGGCUCUGUCUUGGGACUCUUUGGGUUGAUU